AGCUAUAUAUAUGCAUGCAUGAGGAUGAGGCCAUCAUCUUGCUCUAUGGAACACUACUGUUGGUUUUGUGUUUUUAUUGGUGUAGAAACCAGAGAGUACUUACCCUUAUUCAACGAGUCCGGCAAAAUCCAGGCUUCUGAGCAGAUCGUUAGGGGUUGCUGGUUCUGCAGAUUUUAUACCAUGAUCUCUUGUUUGACAGCAAGAACAAUCGAGGCUUGUUUCCGGAUAUGCUGCCUCAUCUUUGAGCUUGCCGGUCAAUCUUCACCGCCCGCUGGUAGAGGAGCCCUUGAUGAUAACGCAAAACUUGCAAACCUCAAUGAAGCUCAGACUAGUACACGACAAGAAACUAUUAGCAGGAAAGACUUCCCUGCUGAUUUCAAAUUUGGUUGCGCAACUUCUGCUUUGCAGACAGAAGGAUGCGGAACGGAAGGAGGGAGAGGACCAGCGACAUGGGAUGAGUACAUACAAGAUGGAACUCCACCCAUAAAAAUUGCAGUUGAUUCGUACCACCGCUAUAAGGAGGACGUGCAACUGCUCAAGGCAAUGGGAGUGGAUACUUACAGAUUCUCCAUGUCUUGGUCAAGAAUUCUCCCUGAGGGAACCAUAGACGGGGGAGUAAACCAGGAGGGUAUCGACUUCUAUAACAACUUCAUCAACGACCUAAUUGCGAAUGGGAUAACUCCAUUUGCGACACUGUUCCACUUCGACUUGCCCACAGCACUGAACACCAAAUACACCGGUUUCUUAAGCAUUGACAUUGUGGAGGAUUUCAAAGCAUAUGCUGAUUUGUGUUUCAAAACUUUUGGCGAUCGAGUGAAGCACUGGGCAACUAUCAAUGAACCACAAGUAUGGGGUCAAUAUGGCUUCACUAACCCAGAUCCGAACGCAAACGCUGCCACCGAUCCUUUCCUCUCUACACAUCAUGUCUUGUUGGCUCACGCUGCUGCUGCCAAACUCUACAAAAACACAUACCAGGCAUCACAAGGAGGAGAGAUUGGAAUUCCCCUGGUUGUUGAAUGGUUUGAGCCAUUUGAAGACACCAUUCCAGAUAAAGCUGCGGCCCGUAGAGCAUUUGAUUUCUUAGUCGGAUGGUUUAUGGAGCCACUAGUAUAUGGUGAUUACCCGUUCAUUAUGAAAACUCUAGUAAAAGAUGGACUUCCAAAUUUCACAGACGAGCAGAAAGAGCUGGUAAAAGGGUCAUACGAUUAUAUUGGGGUGAACUACUAUACUUCCCGAUUCGCGGCUCCGAUAGCAAUAGUCGACGGUGAAGAAAUUACCGACUCUGAUCAGUACCAGCAUGUUAACAUCACAGUCGAUGGACCAGAUGGGGAACCCAUAGGCACUCCAACACCAGGGAGCAGUGAGAUCUAUGUUUACCCACAAGGGCUGAAAAAGGCAUUGAUUUUACUGAAGGAAUACGGCAAUCCCAAAUUUUACAUUACUGAGAAUGGGUAUCCAGACAAACGAGAUGACACCAUUCCAAUUUCAACUGCUUUGAUCGACGAUGCUCGAAUUCAUCAUAUAAAGGAUCACCUCACCGCCAUUAAAGAGGCCAUGAACACCGGAACAAAUGUGAAGGCUUACCUGAUGUGGGCAAUGUUGGACUGCGUGGAGAUGGGAUCCGGUUAUCAAGUUCGAUUUGGUCUCAAUUUUACAAAUUACCUUGGCAACUUGAAUCGAACUGCCAAGAAAUCCGCCGGCUGGCUCAAAACUUUCUUGACUUCCUGAUGAAGCUCUAUUUGAGCAUACUUCUGUAUACUAUGAAGUUUACUUCAAUGUAAUUGAUGACUAGUUUGGACGUAUGGUAUUGCAUAUGAACUUUCAAGUAUAUAUGUCAAACACUGCAACUGUUGCUUAUAAGUUAUACCAUACUCGACUUUGCCAUGC